AUGACGGACAUAGCAGUAGUGGAGGGUAUGAGCAUUGAGGUGCUGGCACAACUUGCAACGGAUGUCCUGACAUCCCCAGACAAGACAGUGCGCGAUAGCGCGGCGGCCAGACUUCGUUUCAUGACUUCAUAUGUCUAUUGGGAUGUGGUGAAAAACUUGCUUCCACGUUGCCAGAACAACUAUCUGCGUUUCGUCGUCUGCAAGGCGAUUCGCUUCAUCGUAAUUAAUGAAUUAGGACCACAGGAGCGAAAAGAAACUCAGGUCUACAUUAUGGACUACUUGAAGGUGUUGCGGGAGCGCGGUGAGGAACUUCCGAUAUACAUUAAAAAUGAACUUUAUUCCAUAUACGCUUCUGCUUUAUUCGUGAAUUGGAGGAUGAUGGUCUUAGCUAGGGAUGACGUGCCGGAGGGAAUUGGAUUGUCUAUCAUAGAGGAACUCUCCGCGCAGCUUCCUGUGGACGAUGUGCUAGCCUGCUUACUAGAGAUUCUGACCUACUUUUCGCGACAGGAAAAAAAGAUUUCUCUGAUAUUUUUGCGGUCGAACUUUUUGGAUGAUAUUCUUCCAAAUUUUUUUAGCUUUAGUGUGGGGCAAAUUUCCUCUUGUGGGAGUCGUGCACUGGAGGUGUGCUGCACCAUCUUGCAGGUAGUGCCAACGCUCUACUCAGCAGCUCUUAUCACAGUGCAGCGUAAGGUGGACGAUAGCAUCGAUCUGGGGAAGAGUAAGAUUUGGCUUCCUGCGAUUUCUCUUGCCGUACAGGAUUGCCGUCGUGUUAUUCUGGAGAAUCCCAUGCUGGAAUUGAGUGGCCACUGUGCACGGUUACUACGAAUGGCUUCUUCUGUCGUCUAUAUCAGCGCAGAGUCGCUUGAGGCAUGCUCCUCCUUAGGAGAUUUGUUUCUUGAACUCUCCUCGGAACUACUUUAUCUCUAUGAAUCCACUGGAUUCUCUUACCUCCUGCAAUUAAGUUGUGCACUGCUUGUGAACAUGUUUGGCCAUGACAAGGUACGGACGCUAACGUAUUUCGACAAACACUUACACCUUGUUAUAUUUUGGGCUAAUAUGGUAAGUGAUGUACUCAACCGAUGGGAGGAUGGUGAGGAGGAACUUCGCCAAGAAGUUAUGCAUUUAUUUUAUAUCUUUGGUGACUGUAUUGCACCGCGUGUGGGAGCGGAGGGGAGUAAGCUCGCAGAAAUAGAGUUGAUAUUAAGCAGUGUUUCACAGGUAGCAGAGUGUUACUUUGACAACGUUGUCGCCAAAGCUCACCUUACCGAAGACUCCUCCGAAAUACGCUCUGACAUGGGUGUUAUGUUGCACAAUGAAAAAACCCUUUUACCAAUUGCUGAGAUGCUUUUUUGUGACACAAUUGGUGUUUACGGGCUUAUUGCACGACGAUUACAAAAUACGAUUGAGCAAUAUGGGAUUUGUGUACGUAUCCGGGAUACUGGAAGCACAGAGGAAAUGGGAAAUCUCUUGUUGUCACUUGCUGUCGAUGUGCAAUCUGUAUGCUCUGCCCUCGGUGCCGUGGAUACAUCUCUGUUUCUUAUGCAUGUAUGCUUAUCCCGGCUUUCAGUUAUCAUUUCUGCUGUGGCAAUCGCCGUGCUAAACAACACCGUCCACCGCAGCAAUAAAUUAAUUGAAAUUGUGGCUCAUUUUGCACGUGAUUUACUUUCCGUGGAUGAUUCAUUGACUAGUGCACUCUUAGAGAGUCUUUCUCUGACGGAAGUGAAGGGCGAAAAUUCUGAACGUCGUUCAAUGACAGGAGUAGGCAAGGCUCACAUGGGUAUAUUGCGCGCCCUUUUCUUUUUCUGUGGAUGUGUAUAUGAGUCUUUAUCUGAGGCAUCCUGUGAUUUUUAUGAUAUUAUGAACAACUUGUUAUACUACGUUUACGUAUAUCACAGUGAUAAGACGUGUCUUACUAUUGACGCUAAUCUCCUUCUUGGAAAGGUGUUAAUGCAGGGUGUCCAUGGAUUUUUUUUGGGCUCGGAAAAAAUGAGUGCAGUGCUGUUGGCAGUGAAGGAGGAACGCAUUGAUCUGCUCCGCGUUUCCAGCGAGAAACUUACUUCGGAGGAUAGAAAGGCCCGCUCUUCCAUGCUUAGUGUCUUGACCUUCUUUGACGAGGGCCGCCACUAUGCGGGAUUUCCAACACUAGACUUUAUUCCUUGUAUUAUGGCUCGGGCGUUGGACUUGGAUCGCUUGAACACCGAUCCUCAUGCAAUGUUGCAUGAUCUUAGUGCUAUUGUAGAUGGCAUUCACCAGUCAGAUGUUUUUUAUUGGCUACUGGAUGCUCUAAUCCAACGAAUCCAGGAAAUUGAGGAGCUGCCUCGGGUGUUUCCUGAUGAGGCACCGUUACUGCUGCAGCUGGUUGCCAAACUCUGUGACUUGGCAACGGACUGCUUGAUGGACGACAGCAAGUGUGAGGCGCAUUGGGCGUUGCUUAGAUUUGCUUCUAUUGCAACAACCGGGAUCAUCAAUAGAAUGGGUCUAUCCAAUUUGAAUUUGAAAGAAUCCGUGCAAGAACUUCCUUUAGAUGUGGUUAAUGAGGUGUUUCUGUACAAUGUUGCUGAUAUCGUUUAUGAUAUGAUUACGGGUAAUUGGUGUAACGUGGGCGUAGCACUGUUUUACAGUGAAGACUUUCUUUCAACCUUUACGCAUUUUUUUACACUCCUUUUUGCUACCCCUGCCGAACUGAUAAUGUCGCACACGGGAUCCCGCGAACGGGUGUUUCAGCUCAUUACGAAGGCCAUUACAACAACAGAAAAUAUUUGUUUUGAGUUACAUGGACUUUUUGGUACCCGCAUGAUGUGGGAGCCGUUGCUGAGGUGUCUUCUAAAGUGUUUACAAUACUCAUUGUUGGUAGAUGUUCUUUUGGCAAUUGAUACGGUUUUGCUGUCUCUGGGGAGUGUGGUUGAGGAUCACAGCAAAUUUGUGGAAGACGAGGUCACUGCAGACAUUUUUGAAGCAGUGGUGGUUCAUAUUGUCGUUUCUUCAGGUUUGGAGCAGCAUGAAAUGGGGCUAAGCUUCAAUUUGUUGCGGACUUGUUUUCAGUGGUGUGAGUCUGCUUGUACUGCGAGGAUUGACAAGUUGCUGGGAUUUUGCGCCGCGCACCACCGUGUUCGUUUUCGCCAUAUACUCACACUCCUUCGCUCAGGUAGAAAAGAUGUGCUACAUUCGUAUACUUUGCUGUUUGACAAGGGAUCGGCGGGGGAGGCCCUCGCUCCGUGGUGA